AUGCAAGGGAAACCAGCAGCCACAUGUGCCAGAAGGACUCUCGUUCAGGCUUCUAUCGAGGAGGGAAAACCUGAUGAUGUUCAAGUCAAGCAAGAGGAGAGUGAUGACCAAGAUGCCCAUGCCCUGUGGCUUCAAGUGAAGAAGGAGAUUAAGGAUGAGAUGCAGCAGGACCAGAUUGGUUGCUUGGGCGUUGGCAGCUUGGGCGUUGGCACUACCAUUGCUGGACAUGAGAUCAAGCAGGAAGUCGAAUUGGAGGUUGAAGAGAAGGUCGACACAGGCAGUGAUCCAGCAAUCACUUCAAUUCCACCAAACAAGAAGCGCCACUUGGCACGCAAGGAGACCAAGAUCAAGAGGAAGAAAAGUCAUGACCGUGAAGCUCCCUCCUCAGGACGCAGCUCGUGCUGCCUCGGAUGCUUUUGCGGCAGCAGCUUCGAAAGGGCACAGCAGUGCAUCGCAUUUCGAAAGACCAAGACGUGGACGCCGACCAGGCCAUGUUGUCCUGUCAACUUCUUCGUCGGCCCGGUGGAUGGCGGGCCAACAGCUCCCCAAGAAGAUGCUCCAGCAUGCGUGCAGCGGUUGUUUGCCUACCGUUUACGGUGCCUUCGGCAAUUCCACCACAAGCAUGAUCCCCAAGCGCUGCUCCCGGAGGAGGUGGCAGUGGAGUCCCCGAUGCGUCUUGCUUCACCCAAAAGAGACCGGGCACUGUCACCUGAAGAGCUGCUGCUGGCAGAAAAGGACUGGAGGAUUCAAGCGGGCAGUUGCAUUCCAACAAAUGUUCAAUUGGAUUUGUGUCCCGCUAUUGAUUUAAUGGGUUGA